CCAGCCGGCCACGGUGGCUCGGACUCCUGGUCCAUCAUUAUUGCCAGGCAUGGCCUUGAUCCUACAUGAAUGUUUCUCCCCACGUUGCUAGACGCCUUCGCGCAAUAUUUUGUCCAUUCCCCGAGCUUUUUGAAGAAGGUCCGUAAAUUUGGAGGGGUGACGCACGAAAAUAGCUGGAGGGCAUCUGUGCGCAGCUUGUUUCUGGCCGCGCUCCCUCCAGGGGAUCGUGAUGGUGCAUUGAAGUGAGGUUUCUUUAAUGUACAAUGCCUUCAACCACUGAUGCCGUGAGCGCUGGACUGCGCUUGUCAUUGGCUGGAGUUUCUCGAAAGGUGGGAGCUGAAGCCAAUGGUGACAUUGAUAAUCUUGAUUCUUCACUUGCUGCUGGAAAUAAACUCACUGAUAUUACCAAACACCUGGUAGAAUAUGAGUCAGCUGAUAACCAACAAUCUAACACUCAAAAUUUGCUCAAAUCUAAAUAUAUUGUCCUUGAUACUAAGGUUGCAGUAGCUCCUAGUUUCAACCGGUCUAUAACAAAUGGUAGCAAGGGUUCUGCCUGUGCCAAUGGUAGUAUGCAUAAUGGAAAUAAAUUAGCUAACAAUGGUAAUGGAAAUUCUCUUCCUUUUGGUUCACAAUUGAAUGGUGUGAAAGGAGUUACCCAGAAUGGAUUGAGCUAUGCAAAUGUUAAUGGGUUCAACAACAAAAACAGUAAUGGGAUGAAGAAACUUGGGUGCAAUGGUGCAUCUAAAGCCAAUGGCUUUGAAAAUGGUUACAAUAAACAAACUGCCAACUGUGACUCCAAAUUACCUGAUCCAAAAGUUGUACUUUAUCAACCAGAAAAAGUUUCUCUUGGAUGGCGAGGCAAAUUUCGACCUGGUGCAGGCAUGGUUAAUCUUGGUAACACUUGUUAUCUGAAUGCUACCUUACAGGCAUUAUUCCAUGUUCCGGCUUUUGUGGAGUGGCUCUCCAAAGAUUCUGAUCACAUGAAGAGAUGUGAGCAACUUAAUGGACCUGGUUUUGGUGAAUGCAUUACUUGUGCCAUGGCUAGAACUUACCAACUGUCUCAAAACACUGCUAUUGUGAAACCCCAUCUCAUCACCAACAAGCUGAAAAUGAUAUGUCGACAUAUGUCUCAUGGAUCCCAAGAGGAUGCACAUGAAUUCAUGAGACAUCUUUUGGAGAACAUGGAAAAGGCCUAUUUAGUUCGAUGUAAAGCUCAAAAAUUGGAUGCCUAUAGCAAGGAAACCACUCCCAUCAACCAAAUAUUUGGUGGCUACAUGCGAACUGAAGUGACCUGUCUGAAAUGCAACUAUGCAUCCAUAACUUUUCAACAUUUCCAAGACCUGAUCCUAGACAUACGAAAAGUCUCUAAAGUGGAGGAAGCAAUGCAUCAUUAUUUUAUGAGGGAGAGGCUGGAUGGUGAAAACUCUUACAAAUGUGAGAAAUGCAAAUGUGGAGUACCUGCCACAAAGAAAUAUUCUAUUGAGAGGCCACCAAAAGUACUCUGUAUUCAACUGAAAAGGUUCAAUGUUAUGGGUGUCAAGUUACCAAAGCCAGUGGAGCACAGAAUUCAAAUGGACCUUAAAAAACAUGUUCAUCCUCAAUCAUCAUAUGCUAAAUUGCAGUCCCUUCCAUACAGACUCAUUUCAAUGGUAACACAUGUUGGACCAUCCUCGGGAUGUGGGCACUAUACAGCUAUAGCUCAGUGUUCAUCCAAAACCUAUCACCAAUUUGAUGACACACAUGUUCAUCCGAUUCAAAUGAGCUCUGUUUUGAAUAAUUGUGCUUAUAUUCUCAUUUAUGAAAUGGAACCUGAAGCUUUGAGACUAGGCCCCAAGUCAGUUGCAACAUCUUCUAUAUCAUCUAUGUCUGCUAUCAGUAGCAUUAAUCACAAUGUGGUCAAUGGGGUGCCAAAGAAUGUUCAAACACCAGGUGGUCUUCCCUCUGUUAAAGACAGGGAUCGUGUUAUGUUUGGAAUGACUCCUCCAAAGCCUGCAUGUGCUCAGCCUCGUCUAGUAAUGCAUCAAAAGAGACCUGAGGAUAACGGCUCAUUAGUUUCGCCUAUGAAGUCAAUCAUUUCCAAUGGUUCUUGUAACAAAGAAUCUCAUUUGACCAACUCGAAUGGGCCAUUACAAGUUGUAGCCAAUGGCAAGCACUCAGGACCUUCUAUAGUUAAGGACAAAUCAAACAGUCUUGGCAUAGUGAAGCUGUCUGAUUCAGUCUCAUGUAGCCAGAGUACAAGUGUUGGUAAAGCUACUGAGCCUGAGAAGAAAAGCAUUGGUCCAUUAGUUCCAUAUGAUUAUGAUGACGAUUCCAGUUCACGGGAUAGCAGCCUCAGCCCUCCAUUGAAUGAUGACCAAGCGGUGCUUACAGUCAAAGCAACAACACCAAGCGAUUGGCAAGUGACAAAUUCUUCUGGGCUUCGAAGUCCAUCAAUUCACAGUGAAAGUAGUAAUCACAGUGUAGCUAGUGCUACUGGCAGCAACUGGAAUGUGACUGAGAAACAGACCCUGACAGGCUCUGGAGGCUCAAAGAGUGUGACUACUCUGAAAGUCAACGAUAGAAAACUUAAAGAACACUCUCCUCAAACCAUUUGCUACUCAAGUGACACUGAGCUUGAAAGUCAAGCGGUCAAUUCUGCUGGGAAGUGUGAUAUCCGGGCAAAGAGUGUUGAGCGAGAAUUAGACAUUGGUUGCACUGCCACCUCCUCAAAGCACUCUUUACCUAACAAGAAGGGUAGAGUGAGGAGAUCUUCACUUUCAAGCGAAUCUGAUUCUUCCUCCUCAAGCAAGCUGCUGAAAAAGAAAGCUAAAGUGAAUGACAAAAUUGAGGACCGGUCUGGUUCGAAACCCAACAGUGUCAAUGGAAGUCAGAUACCAUCAUUAGUUGAAGGUACUAAACAUAUAUCUGGUGAAAAUGGCAAACACACAAUUACAACACGUCCAUCAUCAUCAUCAUGGAAUGGAGAUGCAAAUUCAAGCACUGUCAAUGAUUUAUUGAAAAUGUCACACCAAGGAUUCGGCAAUGAUCGAGUGGCUUCUUGGAAUGGUGACCAAAGUCAGGUCGAACGUACUGUGGAAGAGGAAAGACAGACAUCUUGGAAAAGGUCAAGAGAUGAAUAUGAAACAGAACUUGACAGAGGCAGAGUUAAAAAGGUUAAAAAUGAUAACCGGUAUAGACCCUACCCAACCAACAACCCCUUCCAGCAAAGGUCAUCAGGAGGUGUGCCCUUCAAUAACCACCGGAAGUAUCACAAUCAUUCUUCAAACCAUUACCACUAUUUCAACAAAAACCGUCCCAAUCCUAAUGGUCAAAGAAAAUGGCAACAGAAUUACCAUAAGAAUUCUGUUUACCGAAAUUAUCGUUACUGAGGAACAGUAAUGUGAUGUACAUUUGCCUGAACUGAUGAAAGUACAAUCUGUUUAUACCUGUUUUUGUUAAAUGCUGAACACCAUGUAGUGUAGUGCUAAUAUAAAAUAUGUUUCAGGUUUAAAUGUAUAAUGUGCUUAUGUAUUUCUAUUCUAACUGACUGAUCAUAAGCUUUCCUAUAGAGUACCGAUUGUGUUCUGUCGUUGUUGACACCAUUUCUUUACUUGUCAAAGUGUUUCUGCUGAGCUUUUCAGGUUGUGUUUUCUAGUAAGACUGCCUGUGUCUUUUACUCGCGUGCACUUGUUUAUGUGCUGAUGUUAAAAUACUUAAUCAGUUUGUCACUAUAAAUUUAUUGAAAGAACACUUCAUAUUUUUAUUUCAAUAAAUAUGGAUAUAUUUAUAUGUAAUAGCCUUCAAGCAUUUGACAGUAAACGCUUCUGACCAAUCAUUUGGGUAUGUACAAACAGGAUACAAUUAAAGAUUGCAGUAUCUUCUGAUACAGUACUGCAAGUCAAGUAUAUGCUGUUUGAAUUUUACAUCUGACUGCUGCUAACUCAGGGAUAUUUUUUCUGUUAUAUUAAGGGAAUGGUAUAAUUGGCAAACUUGGUAUUUUUCUGAGGGGUUUGACAAAUUUGUGAUACAUGUACUGGAAACUUAAGAUUGAACCACUACCUAUACUGCAGUUCCAUCUACAGUCCCAUCAUGAUGAAACACUUUCUGUUUUAUGUAGAACUUAUUGUUUGAUUUUCUGUGAUUGCCAUGUAUAGUGUAUAUAUUUGCUCGUUCUAUUACUUCACAAUAGUGUGCCUAUAAGCUAGAAAAGAAAAAGUACAAUAGAAUUUUUGUUUCACUUCUGCUCGUGUCAUACUUAUUUUUAGUAAUAGACAUUUUCAAGCGUUUGAUUUAUUAACUUAACUAUUGUUGUUUGAGCAAAUAAUUGUAUAAAACUUAAUUUUGAAGUAUUUUUUAAAAUGGAUUAUUUGUGGUGUCUCUGAAAGUUUCCAAAUGCAACAUCUCAAAGUAUUGAGAUAUUUCAUUUGGGCAUCUUCAGAUUACACUGUUCAUUACCUAUAGAGGCAUAGUAUGUAUUGGGGUAUUGAUUCUAUUUUUUUUUAUUUUUUUUUGCUGUUUUGAAUAUAUUUAAUUGAAUAUAUUGUAUGCAUUUCCAUCAACAUAUGAACUGACAGUCAUUUAAUAGGCUACUUUGAAGGUAAACAAAGUAUCACCCUUUGUUUCGAGUGUCCUCUUCUGCUGAUGAGAGCGGGUGUUUUUCUCCCUUUUUAAAAAAAUCAUUGCUAUGUUAGCUAUGAAAGAGCUCACACUUUUACUUAAUAUCCUGUGUUGAACUGUAAAUAUAAUAGACAAUUUAUUGACCAUGUGUUAUUUGAGAUAUUAAACUCUAGUCAGCCAUUAACAGAGGAGAAUGGAGCACAGCGCCAACUACUCUCACCUCUUGUAGAAAGUCUGUUUUUAUAAUCUAUUGGAAUCGUUGAUUAUGAGUUGGGAGUGUUGCCUUGUAAAAAAAUUACACUUGCCCUAUCAUGGUUGAACCAAGAUGUACACAUUUGAAACUUAUGUACAUGGAAUUUGGUGCAGUUAACGGGAAACAACUUAAACUGUAUUAAAAUUAAAGCAUUUUGAACAAAU